AUGAAAAAAGGUUCUGUAUUUGCUGGUAAAAAAGGUCCUUUAGCAACAAAUUAUGGUACUCCAGUUAAUAUAUCAUCAACAUCAUCUUCAUUUUUUGAUAAUAGUCUUCAACAAAUAUCACAUAAUCCAUUAGGAGGACCUUCAAGAAAUUGGCAAGCAACACCAAUAAAUUCACAUCGAUUUCCAUCGUCUCAUUAUUCAUCACAACAACCAAAUUCAACAUCUACUAUUCGAACACAUCCUUUAAUUACAUCGGCUAUUGUUACAAAUACACCAAAUUCAAAUAUAAUUAAUCGAGUUAAACCAUAUACACUUCAAGGUCUUGUUGAAAAUCUCAAUGAAUUACUUGCUGAACUUGCUAUACCACAUUCAAUGCGUUAUGAUACAAAAUAUGGUUUUGAAGAUAUUCUUACUGUACUUGAUCAUUUAACAAAUCCAACACGUUAUGAAACUCAACGUUUUCAACCAUUUCCACCAUUACCACAACCAACUAAAUUAGGUGGAAAAAUAUCUUUAACUGAUCGUUGGGCUUAUUUAAAACAAGUUCUUUUAUUAUAUCGUCUUUCAACAAUUGAACAAUUAUCACGUAUUAAACCAGAACGUGUUAUGGCACAUGAUCAUAUGAUGAUUAUAAUGGAAUUAUUAAUACAAUUAAUAAUAUGUGUAAUUAAAAGUCAACAUGAACAAGAACGUAUAGAAACAAAUAAUUAUUUAAGUGAAUUUAAAUUAUUAAUGCGUCAAAUGUUUUGGAUUGGAAGACAUAAUCCUGUAGUUAUGGAAGAAUCUAUGUAUGAAUUACGACAUCAUGUUUAUGCUAAAGAUAAUCUUGAAAUAAUUGAUCGUUUACAACAUGAAAAAAAAAUCAAUGAAAUGACUAUUGAACGUGAUCAAUUAAAACAACAAUUUGAAGAAUUAAAAAAACAUCGUGAUGAACUUGAAAAUGAAUGUACAAUAUUAACAACAACAAAUGAAAAUGAUAUUAUUGAAUAUACUCAAAAACAAGAAGAAGUAUCCGAUGAACAAUCAAAAUUAAUUGAAUUAACACAAAUUGUUGAACAAAAAGAAAUGGAUAAAAAACAUUUAAUUGAUCGUAAUCAAUUAUUAUCUGAUAAACUUUUUAGUCAACAAACUGAUGUUGAAUUACAACGUCAUAUUCGUUCAAAUAAUGAACUUAAACAACAACAUGAAGUUCUUCUUUCGACAUUAUUUCUUGAACAACAAUUACAUACAACAGCAGCUAAUGAACAUAAACGACUUGUUAAAGAAUUACAAGAAUGUCUUGGUAAAUAUCAAAUAUUACUUAGUGCUUAUAAACAUAAAUCAUCUCGACCAACACCAUCAGCUGUUGAUUUUGAUUUAAGUGAUAUAAUUGGUGAUACAACAUCAAAUAUAAAUAAUGAUUCUGUUAAACAAGCACAAAUAGCUAUUGAAAAUUUAACAAAAGAUAUUAUUGCACAAGAAAUUUUAUUAACACAACGUCAUCAUGAUCUUGAACAAGAAUCUAAACAAAAAAUUGAAGAACUUCAAAUUGCUGAACGUGAAUGGAAAUCAGUUACUAAACAUGGUCAACGUCGUGCAGCUCAACAAACUGAAUUAAGUCGUUUUCAACAAGAAAUUCGUUUAUUUACAACAAAAAUUGUUGAUCUUGAACGACGAAUUGAAGAAAAAAAACUAUUAACAAUUGAAUUAAAAAAAGAAUUUGAUCGAAUUAAAUCUGGUAUUAUUGAAUUAUUAUCUCGUUUUGAAUUAUUAGAAACAAAUUAUAUAAAUAAAGAAGAUGAAUAUCGUUUAUAUUUAUCAUGGUUUUUAUUUGAUCAAUCACAAUUAGCUAAAAUUUAUCGACGUGAUGUUGAAGAAUUAAAACGUUUACAACAAGAACAUCUAUCAAAAUUAGAUAUUAAUAUUAAUUUAUUAUCAUUUGAUGAACUUAUUCAACAACAAAUUAAUAAAUAUUAUCAUUAUAGAAAUAUUGAUGAUGAUGAUGAUGAUGAUGAUAAUGAAAUAGAAAAUAAUAAUAAUAUUAAAUUUAUUCAAGAAUUAGAUAAAUUACAUGAUGAACAUAUUUUAUGGUUAAAAAAGAAGAAAAAAGAUUUAAAAAUAACAGCACCUAUUGUUGAAAGAUUACAAGAACUCUACGAUCAUUUACAAAUUCUUAAUGUCAAAUAA